UGAUCUAGAGAAUGCGAGUGAGCACCUUUGCAUACAUAAAUCUGUCACCUCUUUCUCUCUCAUUUUCCAGAAAAUUCCACAAAUAAGCUUCUUCUACUCUCUGUCUCUGCUCCAGCUAUCUAUCUUGCUCACUUUCUUCAAAUUCUAAUCGGCGUCUGUGAGUUUCAAGAAUGGCGGAACCAGCGUAUACUGUAGCGUCUGACAGCGAAACUACUGGAGAGGACAAAUCUUCGUCACUUCUGCCAGAGAUUGCAAUCGGAAUUGACAUUGGUACUUCACAAUGUAGCGUUGCAGUCUGGAGUGGCUCGGGGGUGGAACUUAUCAGGAACACGCGGAACCAGAAGCUGAUGCGGUCGUAUGUCACCUUCAAAGACGAGAUUCCCGCUGGAGGCGUGAGCAAUCAGUUGGCUCAUGAGUAUGAGAUGUUAUCCGGGGCUGCAAUCUUCAACAUAAAACGUCUGGUUGGUAGGGUUGACACGGACCCUGUUGUUCACGCGAGCAAAUGCCUCCCUUUCCUGGUCCAGACCUUGAACAUCGGUGCGAGGCCCUUUAUUGCAGCGCUGGUUAAGAACAUGUGGAGGUCGACAACUCCCGAGGAAGUUCUUGCAAUAUUUCUCAUUGAGCUGAAGACGAUGGCUGAGCUUCGGCUCAAGCGUCCAGUGCGCAGUGUUGUCUUGACCAUUCCGGUGUCAUUUAGCCGGUUCCAACUGACUCGGGUCGAAAGGGCGUGUGCCAUGGCCGGUCUUCAAGUCCUGAGGCUGAUGCCCGAACCAACUGCAGUUGCAUUGUUGUAUGCACAACAGCAGCAGAACGCGCACGACAACAUGAGCAGUGGAAGUGAGAAAAUUGUUGUUAUUUUCAACAUGGGUGCUGGAUUUUGCGAUGUAGCGGUCUCUGCCACUGCAGGAGGAGUGUCCCAGAUAAAAGCCUUAGCAGGAAAUGUAAUUGGAGGCGAAGACAUACUUCUGAACACGAUGCGCCACCUCCUACCUGAUAUGGACAGUCACUUCUCGACCCGUGGGAUUGAAGAGAUCACUAGAAUGGGGUUGCUUCGUGUUGCAACACAAGAUGCUAUCCACAAACUCUCAUCCCAAUCUAGUGUUCAAAUUGACAUUGACUUGGGCGGGAGAAAGAUAUGCAAGGUUCUGGAUAGGGAAGAAUUCGAGCAAGUGAAUAGAGAAAUCUUUGAGAAAUGUGAGAGCCUAAUCAAACAGUGCUUGCACGAUGCAAAGGUAGACAUAGGGGAUAUAAGUGAUGUUAUUCUGGUUGGUGGUUGCUCCAACAUUCCUAUGCUGCAAAAGAUUGUCACGGGUGUCUGCAAAAAGGAUCCAUACACCGGGAUCAACCCGUUGGAAGCUGCAGUCAGAGGGGCAGCUCUAGAAGGUGCGGUAGCUUCUGGAGUCAACGAUCCUUUCGGGAGUUUGGACCUUCUAACUAUUCAAGCAACACCUUUGAGCAUCGGAGUGAGAGCAGAUGGAAACAGCUUCAUCCCCAUCAUACAUCAGAAUACGACGACGCCAGUUAGACGCGACAUGAUCUUCACGACUGUGCAUGAUAACCAAACUGAGGCUUUAAUCGUCGUCUACGAAGGAGACGGGAAAGCUGUGGAGAAGAAUCAUCUCCUGGGAUAUUUCAAGAUCACAGGGAUACCACCGGCACCCAAAGGUGUUCCAGAGAUCAACAUUUGCUUGGACAUCGAUGCAGCAAAUGUUCUGAGGGCUUUUGCAGGGGUGAUCAUGCCGGGGGCUCAAAACCCUGCAGCUCCGGUCAUGGAAGUCCGUAUGCCAACGGUAGACGAUGGCCAUGGAUGGUGUGCCGAGGCGCUCAACGCAACUUAUGGUUCUACUAUGGAUUUAGUGACGGUGCAAAAGAAAGGUGCGCAUUGAGACAUAUACCAUAUGAAAGUUAUCACAUGAUGUUCUCUAGUUUUUAGUCUUUGUUGUGUAACAAUGUGAAGUUUAGUUAUAUAAUAAUCUCGGGGUUCAACCUUCAAGAAUGUUGAUUGGAUUCUUUGAUGGUGAAACCUUGUCAUAGGAAUGUGUAAGUUUAAACAAUGUGUCUGUUUUUUUUGGA